GCAGCGACACACGUGUGAAGUAAACACGGACCACGUGGUGGAGAAGCUCCAGCUGAACUUUGGGUUCUCCAUGCAGUGUUUAAGGAAACGUGCGCACGCGUUGGUAAAGAGUGAUCGUGGAGAAGAUCCGAUGAAAAGAUCAGUGCAGAUGAAGAAGCUGGACCGCAGUUUGUACUGAAGGCUGAGAGACCUUACCUGAGCCAGACGCCAUGGCAGGUAGAGGCCGAGGACGAAGCCUCUUUACCUUUAACGUGGACUCUCUGGGUUUUGGAAGAGGAGAAGCUUUACCCGCCAGCACCCACGCCCCCUCACCACUCUACCCUCCGAUGCAGUUCAGGCCGGUUCCGCUGCACACGGGCGAGGAGGUGGACUACAUGCUGGCUCUUAAACAGGAGCUCAGAGCCUCCAGCAAGAACCUGCCGUUCUUCAUCCGCGCAGCCCGAGCAAAGAAAGAUGUGGACCGUUACUCCGAUAAAUACCAAACAGGAGAACCGAAGAACAGCAGCAUAGAAUGGAGCCCAGAUUGGAGUCGGCUGCCGAAAGAGUUAUGCAUCAAGGUGCAGAAGCCCCGCAAAGGAAAGGUCAGGCCAACAGCGAAGCCUAAAAUAAAACCUCCUGCUGGUAAAAAAGAACUCAUCCAAAAACUAGAGACCCUGGAAAAGAAGGAGGAGGAACACAAUUCUGAGGAUGAAGAAGAUGAAGAGAAAAAGAAGAAAACAGGAGAGGAAGAAGGAGAGUCUGAAGCAGGGGAAGAAUAUGAUGAAGAAGAAUUUGAGGAGGAGACAGACUACAUCAUGUCUUACUUUGACAAUGGUGAAGACUUUGGAGGAGGUAGUGAUGACAAUAUGGAUGAAGCCACCUACUGAAAACCUCCUAGAGAACAUUUUAUUUAUUCCCCAUCUCUUACACAGGACAUGUUUGUGAACUGAACCGAGCGAUAAGCUGUUCUUGCUGCUGUACUGUUUAGUAAACAGGUUUCGGGACCUGAACACUCAAUGCUGCCUUUAGCUUUAUGGCUGCCAAAAACCAGUGCUGCUGUGACAUUGCUGCUAUUUUAUUGAUACUAAGUGAUUUUAAUGCAGUCUAAUUACAUGACGUACACAGCACGAGACACCUAACUCAAGCUCUAUGGCUGUUUUUGCUGAACUGGCAGUGUUUGGCCGCUUGAAACCUUGAAAAGAGGACUUCACAUCAGGGACCUGUAAUUUGAUGUGUAGUUCAAAUUGUUUUUGAAGGGAGGAGCUUGCAGACAAUCUUUGGCAACACGCAUUUUUCUGUAGUGAUAUAAUUGAAUAAGCUUGAAGUGCUAACCUGUAAUUUGACUUGUCUGGGUGGAAGAAGAUAAAGAGCUUUACCAACAGUCACUACAUAAACCAUCCAGCAGGGGGCGCACUGUGCCUGACUAAUAGAGGUCUAAUAGAGGUAUAAACUUUGGAGUGGAUUUGUUUGUUGGAAUAUUUUACUGGUCUGAUGAAGGAGUCUGGUUACUUCAUUCGUUCCACACAUCAAUGCCUGUGCCAUAAUAAACUGCAUUUGUUUUAAUGCACUGAAUAUG